AUGCAAACGCAAGUGAAAGAUGAGCUAGAGGAGAGUAAGAAUGGAAUGAGCUGCAUUUGUGGCACAGAGACAGAGAAAAACAUAGUAUCAAGCGAUCUUCUGCAUAUAGGCAACAACAUACUAUUUCAGGCGCUACCUGAGAACAAUUUAAAUGAAGGUAAAAAUCAAUUGGAAGGCGAGUUUAUAGACACAAGAGAGAAAGCAAAAAAAAGCAGCCCAGUUGAUUUAAAGGAGCAAAGUGCAAAGAACAUUAAAGAGACAGAAGAAAAACCUGAUGAAAUUCUCAUACAAAUGACUAAUUAUGACUGCGUAACAAAGGAUGAUAUAUACCUACUCAGAAGAGUCUCCCUAUCUCUUCCAAAGGGAAAGCUAGUUGCGCUGAUUGGAAUGAGUGGAGAAGGAAAGACAACUUUAAUGAACAGCCUAGCUGGAAUAUGUGCCCCUUCUCAUACUACGUACGGGAAAAUACUUGUCAGAACAGCAGAGAGUGGCCUGCAGGAGAGAAUAGUCAGGGAGUGGCUUCCAAGUGUAAGCUAUACACAGCAGCAUGGAAUAGAAUAUAGAAAUAUUCCCAUGUAUAGUCUACUGUGCUCAGUUGCCAAAUGCUACAAGAAAAGCACAGAAGAAGUCGAUAGGAUUGUAUCAAUACUAAGACUUGCAAAGUCCAUUCGGGUGCCAUUUAAGAAUUUGUCAGGAGGUGAGCAAAAAAGAGUAAUGGUAGCCUGCGGUCUGCUGGCAAAAAAUAAGUUCAACAUAUGGGACGAGCCUCUGUCAGGGCUAGACUCAGAAAUGGCCAGAAUAACCAUAUCAAUGAUAAAGGACACCAAGGCAACCAAUCUAGUGUCUGCGCACCAGAUCUCUGAGGACCUAAUUAAGAGAUUUGACCACGUCAUUCUUAUGCACCGGUCAACUGUUGUGUAUGCCGGGCCUGCCUCCUGUAUGAAGGAGCACUUUCUCAGCAUGGGAAUUGAGUUUCCAUCCGAUACCUUCUACGUGAACUAUAUUAUGCAACUUUGCGCAGAGAACAGAUCAAAUGCGCUUGAUGGAAGGAAUAUAGAAGUAUUCAACCGCGCAACACAAGAAAUUAUCAAGGUACGUAAGGGGGCCUUGAGAGAGCACAAUGUAUGGUGGAACCCAGAUGAAAUGAAGGUCUCUUAUGUGCGGGUGCUUGAAAUAUUCAGAAGGCUCUUCUACUUUGACAGGGCAUUCAAGGGAGCCAGUCUUAUAGUGGAUAUUCUAAUGGCAACUGUAGGGGGUUCCAUUGGGGUUUUUAUUAUAUAUUUGAUACUGUACAGCAUUUCGCCUGGAGAUGAAAUCAAUAAGUAUGCAAAUGUCCCAUCGUUUGAUACCGUCUAUAAGCUGCUGCGCAUAAAGGCUCAGAUAAUGGAAAGAACUCCAGAAGAUGAAGAUCUUAUACAGAGUGUGUGUGAUGUUCUAAAGGUAGUAAGCAAUGCUUGCUGGGUGCACACUAUUCAGGUCGUAUAUACGCCUGUGGCUACCUUGCUGUAUAUUUUGUCUAUAUCCUUACCUAGUCCAAUGAUAGGAGUAGAAUUCUAUAACGUGUGCAAGGCUAACAUAAAAAAUAAGCAGCUAACAGUUGGCGACUUUUUAGUAGCACAGGCUCUGGAUGUGUUCGUGCGCAAGUCUCUGCUUAUUUUUAUCUUCAAAACCGCGCUGUACAUCUUUUUAUACAGAAGCCUUGAUGUGGAGAUAAAGAGCGAAAUUACAGUUAACCACACAAUAUCCAUUGGUUUACUCUUCCUCAGCUCUCUUUUAACUGGAGCAGUCUCUCUUAUGUUUAACCUUGCACCAAUUCCGCAGAAACUGUACGGCUUGGGGGUAUUUGUAUACUCGCUAUUCACCCUGAUUAUUCCAUCUCAGGUAUAUGUAUAUAUACGCCCAAUGGCCCACCCAGUUAGCUUUAUACAGGAGAUAGACAUAUUCCGAUCUGAGAAUUCUCACUUCAUCAAGAAUUUAAUGGGCCGCAUUGGCAUGUCAGACAAAACACACCCAGUAAUCUUUCAAAUUAUGCACUUCAUUGUGAAAUGUAUGAGAUUUGUCCUUAUAACAUCCCCCAGCAACUAUUUCACACAUCUCAUGCAGAAGAUAAACUUGUACCAGAAUAAUCUGACAAUGAGUCCUGAGCAGAUCAGACAGUUCGACAAAACUGACAUAAGAUUAGCCUAUGAAGUACACAAUUUGGCAAGGCAGCUCUUCCUUACACGAAAUAAAAUCAACCAGGAGAAGCUACUGUUCAUUGAAAAAAUUGAAACAGCUGUAAACACUGUUAACCUAGCACACGAAAUAUUCAACCCAGACAAGCUCUUAAAGAAUAUAUCUAUUGCUUAUAUUGCAAAAACCAUGUGCAUGUUCUGGGGCUUCCUAAGUGUCUCCCUGGCCAUAACAGUAAUCUACUCAUAUAUGCAUUUGCAGCCAAAAAUAAGAAAUUAG